AUGGAGAAACACGAGCAGGACGUUGUCACAAUAUCUGGUGAACAGUCGAUUUUCCGACCGGAACCGCCAUUUGCACGAUAUAUUCCCGGCGGAUUCUCACCGUCACGAUGUAUGAAACUUCAGGGCAGGCCGAUGACCUAUGCCAUCUUCCUCUUCUCAGGAUGUGCCAUUCUCUUUUUCGGAUACGAUACUGCAGUGAUGAGUCAAGUCAACAACAAUGCGAACUACAUGCAGCGCAUGGGCGUCGCCGGUGGCAGCGAUCGCGAUGCUGCAGCUAUUGGUGGUCUGGUCAGUCUCUGGUUUGGAGGAUUUGCCAUCGGUGCGUUGAUUGUGGGCUACGUCGCCGACUCCAUCGGUCGCUUGAAGACAAUCCAGCUGGGAUGUCUAUGGGGCAUCCUUGGUGCAGCUCUGCUGGCAUCCGCACAGAACAUCACUUGGCUCGCAUUUGCACGAGUGAUCAGCGGUGUGGGAUGUGGUCAUCUGAACACGAUGGUCCCCGUCUGGACAUCAGAGCUGGCAGAUCCUCAUCUGCGCGGUGCCUUUGUGGCGGUCCAAUUUACCCUCGCCAUGGUCGGGUCGACAAUCGCAUACUGGAUGGAGUUCGGUUGUCUCAAGACCCAAACAAUGUCCUUUGCCUGGCGCUUCCCUCUCGGUUUCCAGAUUGUCUUUCUGAUCUUCAUCCUGAUUGCGGCUCCUUUCUACCCUGAGUCGCCUCGACACCUGGCCAAGAUUGGCGAUCUGUCUGGAGCAAGGACAGUGCUGGAGAAGUGCCGCAUUGAGACCGAUGAGCAAGUGAUUGAGACCGAGAUGGAAGAGAUCGUUUCUGCCAUUCGCGCCGAGGCCACGUCUACAUCACAUAGCUUCUACAGUAUGCUGUUCACCAAGGACAAGCUACACACGCGCCGACGUGUAAUUCUGGGUUCCGGGGUACAAGUUAUGCAAAAGCUGACUGGGAUUGACUUCAUCGCGGUCUAUGCUCCAAACAUGUUCGCUCUGUCAGGCUUUUCAGGCGAUAAACCGGCCCUUCUGGCCGGAGGCAACUGGUUUGGAUACAUUGCCAGUCUGGCGCUGUCCAUCUACCUCUGCGAUCGAGUCGGCCGACGCAACUUAAUGCUGACCGGAUGUCUUCUCAUGGGCAUCGUCUUGAUUGUGGGAGGUGUGCUCUCCCAUGAGACGAUUGCCCAUAAGACCAGCGACCCAGCAAUGGCUAGCAAAUUCGGGUCUGGCGUCGCAGCCAUCCUAUAUAUCUAUACCUUUAUCUACGGCAGCACCUGGCUGACGACUUGCUGGGUUUACCCCACCGAAGUGUUCCCGCUCGCAAGCCGAAGUAAAGGUGCCGCAUUGGCAACCUUUGCUUUUUCCAUCGCUGGAGGCACGAUUAACAUGAUCAUCCCGUAUCUCAUCCAGGCAAUUGGAUUCUGGGUUUUUAUCCUGUUUGCCCUGAUCAACCUGUCGCUGCUGGCACCUAUAUAUCUCUUCUACGUCGAAACUGCUAACCGUCACCUGGAGCAGCUCGACAUUCUCUUCUCAAGCGAUAGUUGCUUGGCUUGGAGAGCGGAGAAGAACUUUAUUGAAAAGCUGAAUGAACAAGGCGGAAUUUUAGGAGAAGAUAAUGAAAAGGGCAGCGUGGAACAAGUGGAAUGA